GCGUGUUUAAUGAGCUCGUCCCCGGCCACGUCGUCCUUGCCAAGGCCAUGCCGGCCAAAGAUCGGGCUCAUCUGAAGAAGCUCGAGGACCCGAAGAUUUAUGAGGGCGGCAUGGAUCUCCUCGUCCAAAGUGCCUUCAUGCUUAUGGAAAGCCAUAAGAGGCAGUACUGGGAGAUAGUCCGCCUGCAAGCACUGGAGCAGAAGGCUGCCUCGGCCGACGAGGCGGUAGCUUGCCUUGACCGGCUUCGGGAGGAUGCGAAGGCGCUGCAGGCCAAAGCUGAUGAGGCCGUCGCGGCCAGGGACGUUGCCCUGGUCCAGCUCGAAGAGAGCAAAAGGGAGCUCGCAGAGUCCCGUAGAGCGCUUGAGGCCGAGAAGCGCAGGAGCGAGGAGGCCGCCAAGGCGAAAGCUGAGGCCGAGGCCGCCGUCGUGAGGGCUGCUGAUGAGGCUGUUGAGAAGUUCUUGGCCGAAGGGUGGAAGGCCGAUGAGAGGCUCCCCUGGUGCUACGAGGUGGUGGCCGCCAGGCUGGAGAAUUGGGGGAUGAACUCCCCUGCCGGCCGGGAGUAUUUCAGCCAGGAGAUGUCUGUUUACUACAACCUGGGCCAGGAGCGGAUGCAAAGGCUCCUGUACCGGCGGCUAUCCCGGGCGUUGAAGGCCAUGAAUUACACGGCUGGAUGGGCUAGACGGAACCUGAAGCUCCCAAAGCUGAUGAAGGAUCCCGAAGGGCAGGCCACGCUUCCGCCGUCGGAGCGAGAGUCCCCCAUAGAAAGCUCCGGCCUCGGCGAGCCGGACUAUACUGAGUUCGAUUUCUU